GAGGUCGGGUUCCGGGCGGCGAUGCUGCCCGGCGGCGCCGUGCGGCGGGCGCUGAGGGCCGGGGCGGGCGGCAGGUACAGGGCGAUGCGGAGCUGGGGGGUGAUCGGGGGGCUGGCGGCCGCCGUGGCGGCGGGGAUCUACGUGCUGUGGGGGCCCAUCGCCGAGAGGAAGAAGCGGAGGAGAGGCCUGGUGCCUGGCCUGCUGAACCUCGGAAACACCUGCUUCAUGAACUCCCUGCUGCAAGGCCUGUCCUCGUGCCCAUCGUUCAUCAGGUGGCUGGAGGAGUUCACAGCACAGUACAAGGCAGAACAGAACCAACCCAGCGAGCAGCAGUGCUUGUCGCUCACUCUGCUGCAUCUCCUAAGAGCUUUAUCCUGUCAAGAGGUAACAGAAGAUGAUGUCCUGGAUGCAAGCUGCUUAUUAGAAGUGUUAAGAAUUUACAGGUGGCAGAUCUCGACAUUUGAAGAGCAGGAUGCUCAUGAACUAUUUCAUGUCCUUACCUCUUCACUGGAAGAUGAACGGGAUCGUCAGCCACGUGUCACACAUCUGUUUGAUGUGCAUUCGCUGGAGCAGCCAGAAAUAACCCAAAAGCAAAUAAGCUGCCGAACAAGAGGAUCUCUUCCUCCUAUGUCAAAUCACUGGAAGUCUCAGCAUCCUUUUCAUGGAAGGCUGACUAGCAACAUGGUUUGCAAGCACUGUGAACACCAGAGUCCUGUGAGGUACGAUACAUUUGACAGUCUCUCACUGAGCAUUCCAGCAGCUAUGUGGGGUCAUCCCAUGACACUGGAUCACUGCCUCCACCACUUCAUCUCCUCUGAGUCUGUGAAGGAUGUUGUGUGUGACAACUGCACUAAAAUUCAGGCAGAAGGGACUCUGAAUGGACAGAGCGUAGAGAACCAGAAAACAACAUUUGUUAAGCAAUUAAAGCUAGGGAAGCUCCCUCAGUGUUUGUGUAUCCAUCUGCAAAGACUGAGCUGGUCAAACCAAGGGACUCCUCUGAAACGUCAUGAACACGUACAGUUCAAUGAGUUCCUAAUCAUGGACAUCUACAAAUAUCACAUUCCUGUUCAUAAAUCAACUCAGAGUGAUCUGAAUCAGAAAAGCUCCGAAGAGACAAAGCCUGGAACAAAGGAUGGGCUAGCAGUAAAACCUUCAGAUGCAGAACAGACAUGUGGUACCAAAUCGCUCCUUAUGAAUGGGGCCUGUUCCUCUUCAUUUCUAAUGUCCUCGGGAACUUUUCCGCUCACUGCAUUCCCUGAAUGCAGUUCCCCCGUGUACCUUUACCGGCUGAUGGCAGUGGUUGUGCACCAUGGAGACAUGCAUUCUGGACACUUUGUGACUUACCGCCGCUCUCCACCUUCUUCGAAGAACCCGCUCUCUGUCAGCAAUCAGUGGUUGUGGAUUUCAGAUGAUACGGUUCGCAAAGCUAGUUUGCAGGAGGUCCUUUCCUCUAGUGCUUAUCUGCUGUUCUAUGAGCGCGUUCACUCAAGGGUACAGCACCAGAGUUUGGAGUUGAGGCCUGAAGAGUGAUUAGGAGAGCUGGAGGAGGACAAAAACUGACCAAAUUCCUCUGCUGAAAUCCACGUGGCACCUCCUGUCCGUUAUGCAAAUAAUCCACCACAGGCCCUUUAACUUUCCCUUCCCUCUAUGGCAGCAGCUGGCUCUUGCUGGGAGUAGUUUUGUACCAAAAUUACGCUACCUAAAGUUGGUCUGCUAACGUUGUGCAGCCCAAAGUGUAUUUGUAUUAGAUAAGCAUUUAUUCUGUUCAGUAGUAAUUCUGUCAGUAUCACGGCUCUGAGACAGACAUCUCAAAACAGGCUUUCCAAGGCCGUUUUCCAUAUUCUGAACACAUGUAUGGUUUCAAGGGGAGAAGACAUUUCUGAAGAAGGAAGCCCCAGAAGCAGUUGUUGAGAAGCUACUGUUAUCAAAGGCAAUGAUUUAAGAAACAAAGUGCCUUGAGCUUAUUUGAAUAGGUUACCAUUGUCUGAGUCCGCUGCAUGCCAGCUGUGUUCUGAUAGGUGUAUCAAGAUGAUGGGAUGAGCAGAGUGGCAGCAGAUUUCUCCUGAUAUCCCAGCCAGUGAAUAAAACAAGGCCUCCUUACAUAACGUGCAUGAUCCAAAACAUUUCCUUCCCUCUCUCUCUACUGUUUUCCUGAUAGUUCAGUUCUUUAUAUAUCACGGAAGUAUUGAUUCAGACAGCAGUUUCCUUUUUCCAAGAGAAAAGAUCAAAUUCUUUUAUCAAUUAAGAGCUGACACCCUGACUUGUUGCUCUGUAUCUUUGCACUACAGGUGAAAUGAAAAGACAGAAGUGUUUGCUAGCUGUCAAUAUUGUAAUUUUCUUGGUCACUCUGAAACUGUUGAAUACUAAUGCUUUGUAGUAUGGACUACAGCUUUUAAUUACCAUUAACUUCAAGGCUACUGUAAUUGGUGUUCUAGAUGUGCCCUUCCUAUUUUAAUGCUAAAAACUGUCAUUUGUCAUCAGCCUUUUGGAUAUACGUUGUCAGGCUUGCAGCUGAGCAUUAGAGCUUAUACUGGUUGUAACUGUGAGCUGAGAUAAACAGCAACCCAAGCAUCCUUGUAGAAUUAGAGCACACACAAUUGAAUCUGGACUGGUGGGCACUUGUCUGGUAAGGCAGUCUGGAAAUUCUGGUGUCACUGCAUUAGAUAUGCAGAUUUCCAUAUAAAUAGAAAUUGUACUUUGCUGCUCUAGGUUGUUUCAUGUGUUUAAAAAUAACAAUAUCUCAAAGCACGGAUGGAGAAGGAAAAAUUACUUUUGACUGCUUUUAAAUUAUCAGGAAUAAAAUACGUAGACUAUUUUUAGCUCUUUUCUAUAAUUGUAACUUGGAGGAAAGACUCAUUCCUCAGACUAGAUUUUUCAGUGUAAAACAGCAACUAAGUUUUCAAAUCAUAACUGUCUUCAUAGUUUUUUUAGGUAACUUUAUACCUCAUAUAUUCCUAUCACUGCCUGAAGCUCUCAGGCGUUCAGAGUUCCUUAAUGAAGUCUCAGAACCAGCUGAAAUAAUAAUAGACGUACAUAAGAAUCUGUUUACUACACUCACAUUGUUCCAAAGUAAUAAUAUAUAAAACACUAUAAAUCUACAAAGAUACCAAUUAGUGAGAAGCCUCCCUGUCUAGGCUGGGCUAUUGGUAGCAUGGUUUUAACUUUUAUAAGUUAAGUUAGGGAAAAAACAAGAAGGGGAAAAAAUGGUUGCAAAAUGCCAAAAAUGUCCUGGCCAUUGAGGUAAAAUCUAACAGACUUGCAGAAGCUAAGAGGAGAGGAAAACCCCCUGUUCUGGGCAGCAUGGGAGUGCAGGAGGAGCAUCUUGUUCCAGCAGGGCUACAAUUUGCACCUGAAAGCUUCCAAAUGUUUCCAGUGCCCAGAGUGUAUAUUCUGCAGAGCCUAUUCUCAGUAGGGGCUGUUUAGAGGUUUUGUUUAGGUCAUUUUGUUUAGGAAGCAGUAAUGUUGGAAGUGAGUCAGAACAUAAGCACACAACUGGCUAAGUCUUAAACUCAUCAGCUUCUAACAGUGACAUAAAGCCCCAAAGCAUCACAAAAUUGCACGUUCAGUACUUUGCAUAGAGCUGCUUUCUGUCGGGUCAGUUUGAUCAGAAUGGAAGCAUAAUUGUGUGACACUGACAACCUGUUUGCUUUCACUCAGCUGCAGCUUCACUCUGAAAGCUUCCUCAAAGGCUGCAGAGAUGAGGGCUGAACAGUCAGCAUUUGUUGUAGCUUUUGCUGCUGGGAAGGAGCAGGCAGCCUUGCUUUAGCCCUCAGUGUGAGGAAGGAAGCAAGUGACAGAACCUCAGAUCCAGUCCUAUGCUACUCAGCCUACUGUGAGCUCAAAGGCCUCUGCAGAUGUUUGCCAUCUUCACCUUUUGAAGUCACUGGGCUUCAUCCAGUAUUAUUACUUGUUGCAAGCUUUCAUGAUGGAAAAGGUGUUAAUAAAAUGCAGGCUACAAAACAUCAGAUAAGACCUCUAGGAUGACAUCUCUGUGUUUGGAUAAUUCUUGUUUGAUUUUGUGUAUUAUUUAAGGAAGUGUGAUGUUAGAGUCACAGCACCGCACUGCUGUUUGAAGUUGCAUUUUCACUUCGGGGUAUUUUUCUAACUGUACAGUAGCAAUAAAAGAACAAACUUAAUAGAAAAAGUAA